AUGGCGAAAGAAACGGAUGAAAAGAAACGUCUCGAACGCUUGAUAAGAGAAUCAGAGUCGCGGUGCCAAGAAAGUCGACCCAAAACGGAGGAAAUAGAGAGUCGCGAGGAAGAGCGACGCAUGAACCAACGGGCGACUUUGGGCGAGUAUUUGUACAAUUGCCACUUCGACAUAUACCAGAAAUUUGGGCUCGCUAGCCCGUCGCACUGCUUUACUGGCCUCGCUCCCUCGGUCGACGGCAAAUACUAUCCCAAGUGGCUUCGGCCCUGGCGAGCCUUUACCGACGGCCAGCGACAGGAACAUUUCAAUGAUGUGAUGCGCAUCAACGGCGAGAGGCGGCUUCUCCACCAAGAGAGCACAACAAGAGAUGUUGGAGAACGCUUCACGCGCAGCAAAGCUGAUUGUAAAAGCGAGAUUCGCUAUUUUGAGUUUGUCGCUGUCGAAUGCCCUGUGCAGAAUAUUCUGGACCCACUGUGGGCUGAUGAGAGGAUGCGCCGAAAGUACCAAGUUACGGAUCUAUCAGUCAGCAGUGGUAUUCGCAACUUUCACGACCUCGAUGAUGACUUCAAUCACACACUCGACCAAGGUGUUAAAUGCGCGGCCUUUGUAUAUGAUCAGCAGGCUCCGCACAAGAUUGCCGUGGACUGUCUCGAGGCCGCUCUCGCCAAGGAGACGCUAUUCGCAGAUGUCCACAAGUUGGCUCAUGCCGAGCAGGGCAUACCGGACUCGAAAACGCAAGAGGUUCAAGAAGCGCAUGUUGCCACGGCACUCAUACAAGUUUUUAAUUUUUUGGCGGUGACCCGAGCAACAUCCCGCGUCCAGGUCGAUCACGAUCAAGUGUCCCACACUGCUGUCGCUGACCUGGCCAGCUUUUGUCUCCUGAGCCUCAGCUCCCCGGCGCUUACGGGCCGUCUGUUUCAGGAGGCUGUGGAUCAGGCGGCGCCGGUUCUAAAGAAAUGGAAGACGGAAGAGUACGUGGACCCGCUGACAGGUCCAGAGCUCGAGGUCACAGAUUCGUCGUUGGCUCCGUUCCCACGGGGCACGGAUGGGCCAUGCGAUGACAAGGACGGCAGAGUAGAGGAUCAGCAAUGUCGAAGCGCGGUGAGCACCAGCCUCAACAGGCGAGAGACAGACUCCAUCAGCAAGGGCAGUGGCGACGGCCCCGGCGGCUCUGCUUUGGCGCUCACGAGACUAUACUGCACACAGGCCUGCCUCGCUGGCCUGAAGCUGGCUCGUCCCCUGGAUAGCAGCUGCCCCAAUGUACUCCCCCAUGGCCUUAGAUAUGAGACUUUGGUGUAG